UAAAUAUGUUAAACCAGCACAGCGUGAAAUUGUACAGAAAAUCAAUGUGGUUUUUUCAACACAAAUUGACUAUAGACAGCGUGGUUCCUAGUGUGUCUUGUGAUCCGAGUGUUGAGACGGAGGGCGUGAGGGCCACAGGAGCCCCACCAGCAGAGUGGUGUGGCAGACGUGCAGGAGAAGGGAGGAGACAACGGUGGAGGGAUACACGUUCCAACAGUACUCCACUGUCAACAGCAACAGUACCCUGUGUGGUACAGGGAGUGGAGUGGUCCAGAGGAGAAAGGGCAGACUGUAGAAGUACCAGACGUAGAACUGGUAGUGGAGAGAGCGUGCAAACGACCAUUCCCACCAGGUUGGAGGUAAACAGCAUCAGGAGCAUGUCUAGUAUAAUAUGGGAG